AUGGAAAUCUCUCUCGUGGCGCGGCCAGGAAUCGAUGGGAUUUCUCUGGCUGCGGUGUGCACUGCCUCUAUCCGAAUAAAUCCAGCUCGCUGCCAGAGGGCAGGCGACGCCUCCCGGUUCUCCUGUCUGCAGACGCACGGGCCUGCAACGCGACACAAGGUGGCCUCCAGUGCUCACCAGGCGGUAGGUGGGGGGGUCCUUCCGGGGAGGCUGGACGACCGGCCCCCUCGGGGCCGAGGGGCCCCUCGCUGCCCCACUGUGCCUAGCAGCCCCCACUGCUUGUGGAUGCUCCAGGAACCCAACAGGCCAAGCCCGCCCGCAGCGAAAACUGAAAGCAAAUUCGCCGGCAGAGGAAGCCCGAACUUUCUUAGAGGCAAGUUUGCAGCGGAGACUCGGCGGAGGCUCUGGGCUGUCCGCGAAGAGGGGCAGCCUGCAGAGCCUGGGCCCUGGCGCAAUGCUAGGGAAGGUGCCUCUCCUUUAUUUCUCGCCAACACAGUUGCCAAAGUGCCGCGGACAUCGAGGCUGUGUCGGCGGGGAUUGCACCCGGGAGGAGUUAGAUGGCUUUCUCAAAGUUGCAGAAAGAGCUUUCGGAGAAGCGUCUGCGCCCAGCUUGGGACCCGUUAG